AUCAAAUAGAUCAAUCAAAUAAUACAACUUAAAAUUUGUGGGUUUUUAUCUAGCUGUAGUAGUACAUAUGAAUUCCACUGUAUGCAUGCAUGCAUGAUUUCUAAUUAAGCUCCAUUUAAACAACAACCAAACAUCCCUCUUCUAUGAAACAAAUCAUUCCCAACCCCUCAAAAUAAGCUCCCAUCACAAACUCCCCUCCUUUUUCUCUCCUCUCUUUCUCUCUCCCUCUCUCUCUCUCCUGGAGAGAGAGCCAUGGAAGAAGAUGACGACAAACACCCUACCAUCACCACCACCAUCAUUGUCGCCGUCAUCUUCCUCCUCUUUCUCUCCGCCCUUUCAACCGCCAGCGCCGACGACGCAACCAUAAUGAUGAAGCUUUCCCGCUCCUUCAACCCUCCUCCUCCUAACUGGUCCGGAAACAACCCUUGCAAAUGGCAAGGCAUUAGCUGCGGUUCCUCAGGACAAGUCACCUCAAUAACCCUCGUCUCUAAGUCCAUUUCAGGCACCUUACCCUCAGAAAUCACCCAACUAUCUAACCUUGAAUCUCUCUCUCUCCAAAACAACCACCUCUCUGGCACUAUCCCUCCCCUCGCCAACAUGUCCAAUUUACAAGAGGUUUUUCUUGAUGGAAAUUUCUUCUCCCAUAUUCCAUCCAACUUCCUUGUUGGCCUUCCAAAUCUUCAAUCUUUUAGCAUCACUGAUAACCCCUUGGAUAGCUGGAGCAUCCCUCAAGGGCUAUCAGAGUCAUCCUCUCUCCAAUCUUUUCGCGCCGCUAAUGCAUCCGUCGUAGGGGCUAUCCCGGACAUUUUCGGGUCUUUGCCUAGCUUACAAGACUUAAGAUUGUCCUACAAUAACAUCACAGGUUUCUUGCCUGCCUCCUUUGCAGGGUCUAGCAUUCAGAACCUGUGGAUUAAUAACCAAAAACAAGGACUCUCUGGUGUCCUUGAUGUGCUUGGGAAGAUGCCUAAUCUAGCUCAAGUUUGGGUUCAAGACAAUGAUUUCGUUGGUCCAAUCCCUGAUUUAUCUAAGUGCACUUCAUUGUUUGAUCUGCAGCUCAGGGAUAACCAUUUAAGUGGUGUAAUUCCACCUUCUUUGAGUAAUUUACCAAAGUUGGUGAAUAUUUCUUUGCAAAACAAUAAGCUUCAAGGACCAAUGCCUUCUUUUGGUAAUGGUGUUCAAGUCACAUUGGGGUUUACUAAUAGUUUUUGUAAAACUACACCUGGUCCUUGUGAUCCCCAAGUAACCGCAUUGCUUGAUAUUGUUGGUUCAUUGGGUUACCCUAGCGAGUUAGCCGAGUCAUGGAAAGGAAAUGAUGCUUGUAAGAAUUGGGCUCAUGUGAGUUGUGAUUCUAGUGGGAAGAUUAAUGUGGUUAACUUUGCUAAGCAGAAUUGGGGCGGCUUCAUCUCACCGUCUUUUGCUAAUCUAACUUCACUAACUUCCAUAAUUUUGAAUGAUAAUAACCUUGUAGGAACGAUACCAGAUGAAUUAUCUGGCCUUAAGAUGCUGCACAAGUUUGAUAUCUCUAACAACAAUCUAACAGGGAAGGUUCCUAGUUUUGGUCAAUCUGUGGAAGUGAUAAGUAAUGGGAACCCUUUUCUAGGGACCAAUGUGGAUACUUCUAACUCCUUGAAAUCACCCCCUGGUAUGACUAAUUCUCCAGGAACUAAUGAUCAUUCUCAUUCGCGUCUUUCUCCUUAUGAGGUUGCAGCGAUUGUUAUUGGUGUUAUACUUUUACUAGUAGCUGCAGGAUUUCUCUUGUACCCGCGUUUUAAGAAGUGGUUGAUUGAUAAGGUGUAUGGCUCAGGAAAGAAUAACCCUUUCUACAAGGGGAAGAAUAAGGUUGAAGAUUUUAAGAAGAACCCAAUUAGUCAAUAUCCUCAAGGAAGUCCAAUGGAGCAAAGCAGUAGUAGUAUGCUUAAUAAUGGUAGUAACACGAUUCCAAUUGAAGUCCUUCGCGAGGUAACCAAUAAUUUCAGUGAAAAGAACAUUCUUGGUCGAGGAGGGUUUGGAAUUGUUUACAAGGGAGUUCUUCAAGAUGGGACUGAAAUCGCGGUUAAAAGGAUGGAAUCAAACCUCCAAGGCACAAAAGGAAAGAGUGAGUUUGAGGCAGAAAUAGAGGUUCUUUCUAAAGUAAGACAUAGACAUUUGGUGGCACUUCUUGGAUAUUGUAUUAAUGGGAAUGAGAGGAUUGUGAUUUAUGAGUAUAUGCCCCAAGGAACACUAGGACAACAUAUUUUCGAGUAUGAUGAGAUAGGGAGAUCGCCUCUAACAUGGAAGCAAAGGCUUGUCAUAGCGUUGGAUGUUGCUAGAGGUGUCGAAUACCUUCAUAGCUUGGCUCAACAAAGCUUUAUUCAUAGGGAUUUGAAACCAUCAAAUGUACUUCUUGGAGAUAAUAUGAGAGCCAAAGUUUCAGACUUUGGAUUGGUAAAGAGUGCAUCUGAUCAAGGAAAAUACUCCUUGGAAACUCGUUUAGCAGGAACUUUUGGCUAUCUUGCACCGGAGUAUGCAGCCACCGGAAGAGUGACCACCAAAGUUGAUGUAUUUGCAUUUGGUGUAAUUUUGAUGGAGCUAAUUACCGGCAGAAAAGCCUUGGACGAAAGCUUACCAGAAGAACAAGCACAAUUAGUAACGUGGUUCAGACGCGUCCUCAUCACCAAGGAAAGCAUAAGAAAAAGCAUAGAUCCUAACCUUGAAACAGGCAAAGAAGAAAUCUUCGAAAGCAUUUGCAAGGUGGCCGAGCUCUCAGGGCACUGCACGGCUAGGGAGCCACAACAGCGUCCUGACAUGGGCCACGCAGUUAACAUUCUAUCACCUUUAGUGGAGCAAUGGAGGCCUGCAGAGAUGGAUGGUGCCACUGAUUGGGUUGGGAUUGAUGUCAACAUGAAUCUUCCUCAGGCUCUUCAAAGAUGGCGAGCUGGUGAGACCGUGACUAGGAGUGGUUAUAGUAGUAGUGGUAUGGAUGAUAUUAGCAGAAACUACCAUUCUACUGCUCCUACUACACCUGGUAUGGGUGAAAGCUUUAACAAUAUCGAAGCUCGAUGA